CUCCCUCUUGCUAAAUAGUGAUCCGGGAGGAUGUCGACAGCGCGGUUUGCCGUUGGACUUCCUGCCAAAUACUGAGAUUCUACGUUGACCUGUUUUUCUCACAGACGGAGCCGUAACAGCGGAAUCAUUUAACCGCGAACAGCAUUUGGACUUUGUCGUGCGCGGAGAUUUGAAGUGUAACGACGCCGUACGCUUCGCGCGCCGCUAAGUUAGCAAAACAUCCUCUGCAUUGUAGUGCGGACGGCGGCACGGCAGGCGGCGCGCUCUUCUCCAAAGAGUACAGAGUAACUGUACACGUAUGGGCUGACCCAGAGUCAGAUCUGUUAGCUGUCAACGGCGCGCUGGAGAAUCGAACCUGAAUGGGAGCUGAUCUGGGAGCAGCGUUUAACUGACACAUACGUUGGAGGAGGCAGCGCGCGCCGGGGAAUACGCGUUCGUUUUUACGUGAAAGACGGCCCCGUAGGGCGGUGUUUAUCCCCCUUUUAUAUGGUAACGGACCAAAAUGAGGCGACAGCGCCACCCGCCUGGAGAACUCUGAUGAUCAAAACACAGCGACAAACUGAUAAAUUAUAAUCAGAGCAGAGGAAUUUUGGUGGAAAACGAAAGCCGAGCCCCCCUUUACAGUUUACCGCUUCCGUCGACUUUAGCUGAAGUCCAUGAUAGCGCAGAGACGUAGUUAUAAUCCACACAGCGGGACACCCUGGAAGAGACGGAGAAACCUCAGGAGGAUGCCGAGCAACGCGAACUUGAUGUGAAAAUCGUUACGGAAAGAUGUGAGAUGAACCUGGAGAAAACAGCGACCGACGCCACCGACAUCAUGUUGGUCCGGAGCUCGCACGGCCGAGGCCGAGCCAGAGUGACUCAUGCGGUGGUGGUGAUCUUCCUGGAGUUCUUCGCCUGGGGGCUGCUGACCACGCCCAUGCUGACCGUCCUCCACGAGACGUUUCCUCAGCACACCUUCCUGAUGAACGGCCUGGUCCAGGGGGUGAAGGGCUUCCUGUCGUUUCUGUCGGCUCCUCUGAUUGGUGCGCUGUCAGACAUCUGGGGCAGGAAGUCCUUCCUCCUCAUGACGGUCUUCUUCACCUGCGCCCCCAUCCCCUUCAUGAGGAUCAGCCCAUGGUGGUAUUUUGCUCUGAUCUCAGUCUCAGGGAUUUUCGCCGUGACCUUCUCGGUGAUCUUCGCCUACGUCGCCGACAUCACGGAGGAGCACGAGAGGAGCACGGCCUACGGACUGGUCUCGGCGACCUUCGCGGCCAGUUUGGUGACGAGCCCGGCCAUCGGGGCCUACCUGUCCUCGCAGUACGGCGACAGCCUGGUGGUCCUGAUCGCCACGGUGAUCGCCGUGGCCGACAUCGCCUUCGUGUUCUUCGUCGUCCCGGAGUCGCUGCCGGAUAAGAUGCGGCUGACGUCCUGGGGCUUCCCCAUCUCCUGGGAGCAGGCCGACCCCUUCGCCUCUCUGCGUCGGGUGGGGAAAGACACCACAGUGCUGCUCAUCUGUGUCACCGUGUUCCUGUCCUACCUGCCUGAGGCCGGGCAGUACUCCAGCUUCUUCCUCUACCUGAAACAGGUGAUUGAGUUUUCUCCUGCAGCCAUCGCCGCCUUCAUCGCCAUGGUGGGAAUCCUCUCUAUAGUCGCUCAGACUCUCUUCCUCAGCGUUUUAAUGAGGACCAUCGGGAACAAGAACACAGUUCUUCUGGGUCUGGGCUUCCAGCUCUUCCAGCUGGCCUGGUACGGCUUCGGCUCCGAGCCGUGGAUGAUGUGGGCAGCGGGAACCGUAGCAGCCAUGUCCUCCAUCACCUUCCCAGCUGUCUCUGCUCUGGUGUCACACAGUGCAUCACCUGACCAGCAAGGUGUGGCCCAGGGGAUGAUCACAGGUAUCAGAGGUCUGUGUAACGGUCUGGGCCCGGCUCUCUACGGCUUCAUCUUCUUCCUCUUCAACGUGGAGCUGAACGACAUGGAGCCGGUGGCAGGACGACCCGCAAAGAGCACAGAGAAGUCGGUCAUCCCCGGCCCUCCCUUCCUGUUCGGAGCGUGUGCCGUCUUAUUCGCCUUUCUCGUCGCCAUCUUCAUCCCCGAGCACCAACAGCUGGCCGACGUCAAGACCUGCGCCGCCCGCAAGUCCAGCAGCACCUCCACCGCACACGCUCAGAUCACCAGCCCUCUGGCCACGCCCACCAGUGACGCGGAGGACAUCGAGCCGCUCCUACAGGACAGCAGCAUGUGACUGACAGCUGUCCCGACCAAUCACAGCACUGAGGCCUGAGUCCUGUCUGCUAGUCCCGCCCCCUUCAGAAUAAACCGUUUCCAGCUUUUAUAUUUUAUUUUUUUAUUUCUUCGGAUCCAGACUGUUCAGAUAAGAGUCAGGUAACGUUAGGCGGCAAUCACACUGACGAGCUUCAUUUCUUUAAUUGACAGACGAUAUUAUAAUAUCUUCUUCGUGGUCAUUUUCUCGCAGGCGUCUUCGCUCUUUUUUCAUUUUAUCGCCGCUGUUGUUGCUGUAAUCUAAAUCUUGGUAUCGUUUCCCUCCGUCACUGUUGCCCCUUCCGGUGUAAAUCAAAAGAAAAACAAGUUUUUGUACAGCAACGUACAACGUUUAUACGAUUAAUAUAACUCAACCUUCUGCACCACCGUUUAUACACCUAAAGCCAUUUUUAGCACCUUGCCCAGGUGUGCUCGGGCAGGUGCACCCACAGGGCUUUGAACCCUCAGUGGGACCAGUAACAGGAUGUCGCCAUGAAAGUCAAAACAAACACAAGUUAGACAAAAAGCAGAACCUGUCGGGUCAAAGUCAGAGCUGCCGCUGUUUGUGCAGAGCAGAUAAACUUAAACGAUGCGUCAUGGAGGAUCCCAUCGCUCGUCACGGAGUCCGAAAUAUGUUUAACCACGAUACAAACUAUUUGCUGCAGUUGGUUGUUUGUCUUUUCCCACCAUAAUGCCAUUUUUAGAUGAGCUGGAGCUUGAUAAAUAUCCCUGUGCCGCCAUGUUGUUGUUUAACUCGGACUCAAAUCAGAAUUUCUUCUUCUUCAGAAAAUAUUCGCUGUUUUUUCAGCUGCGUAUUUUCACUUUUUUAAUCGUAGUUUUGAUCGGCAGUGUAGAGACGCGGGAAUCACAAAGAGCAGGUGACGACACGAGGCCGCUGGCUGAGAUCAAACCAGGACCGGACGCCGCCGCCGUGUGCGUCCACCUCAGCUCCAUGUCGCUGAACUAGUUUUGGUCUUAAGUUCCUCUUGUGACACGUUUGUGAGUCGCAUCUGCUCCCAGCGUGACCUCCGACCUCCUUCAUCGGGUAUGGAGACCGUGGCGGGCCGUGAAAACGCGCCCCUUGUGAUUUAUUACUCUGGAGCGUAACGCACCCUGCGCCGCUCUUUCACAUCUCAGAGCGGCUUCUGAAAUCAACUCGCGUUUCUCAAAGCCGUCAGUCUGGUUGCCGCCUAAACACUCCGGAGUCAGUUCGCCUUCUCUCUGUGUGACUCCGCCCGUCAGGUCUGCAGAGGUCACGGGAUCAAACGCUCCUCGCUGUACAGGACCGGCGGUGAGGAAGAGGAGGAGGUGUGUUCACUUCAGCACACGGCUGACACCAGCUGUCCCAAAGCUGCAGACUGUUGUUUUAACUGAAACUUUUCACCACGGAGACACGGGGGGAGGACGGUGUGGUCACAGCUGCCGGGGAUUGUGGGAUAUGACCGAGGGAGAGGACGGGGAGACUCGUGGGAGUGGAGGUCAUCGCCUGCAGGGGGCAGCGUGGUAGUUUCUGUUGUUGCUACUUGUCUAUAAUCUCCACAUACUGACAGUUUAUACUCUGCGAAUAACGGGACUCAUGGAUAACUGUUUCUAUGACAACAGACCGUCACUCACACUGAGCGUGUGCGAGCUCUCACCGGCUGUGACGUCAUCCUCCUCUCCUGCUGUGUGUUUUCACACUGAGGAGAAAACGGAGCGUCGUCGAUAUAUUUAGGAACUUGAUUAAACAGCUUUUAGCGGAGCUUCUGCGGAGCCUGAAGGCGUCAGAAAAUAAUUAGUACGCACCAACUCCUGCUGUGGAUCUAAUAUCGGAUAUAUUUUGCCUCCUCCCCUCUCGUAGACGGCCGUAAACGUUCGCUCAGACAGACGUGUGAAGAAGAUUUAUGAAGCGCUCCAGAAGCCUGAAGCCGAGUCUGUAUGAUGACGUCUGCAGUAUCAUCAAAGAGUUUAUAGCAGAGCGUCCUGUAAAACGAGGGAUCUCAAACACAACGUGAAGUAUCUCCAAAAGAGAGCGAAGGAAACGGAAGACAGGACCAGUGACAUGAAGCGGAUCAGUUAUGUUCAGCCCCCCCACCCCCCCGGGCUUCGUACGCUCGACUGAUCUCACCACAUCGUUAUCGGAUCUGUCGACGUCUCCUCAUCUGUUCUUGUGUUUUAAAUACUUGAAGUGUGUUGAGCCUGUCAGGCCGUUUGAUCUGAAGGUGCUCCUCCCGCCCGCCCGCCCGCCUGCCAGUCCAGGUGGCACAAAUGAAGCGCUCCCAGUUACUGAUGUAGUUUGAACGUGUGUUUCCUGUCCGGGCCCGACGGCCUGACCUUCGUCUGUGCAAUGAACGCUCUGUUCUCGUUGUCUUUAGUUUGAUUUUUUUAAACCACAAAAGUUUGAGCUUUCAGAAUCGGCAGGUCGUCAAGAACCAAAAGGUGCCAUGUUUUUAGUUUUCUGUUCACUUCUUCUGUUACUUUUGUUUACCGGAUGUUUUUUUUUUUUUUUAAAGGUAAAAAAAAAUAAUCCACCCUCCCCUCCUCAGUCAGAGCUGCGGAUGUGAUACGACAGCGACUGAUACAGAAACAGACCUGUUACCAUGGCCGCAGCCAGGAGAUGCUGUAUCCAUAGCAACAGCUUUGUAACUGCACCAAACUCCACCCGGCUGUCCAGAACUGAGACAAAAUGGCCGACAGCGUUCCUGGUCUGGUUUUAAAAAGAUGCAAAAAGCUUCAUUAUAUUCUCCCAGCGUGCGGUUUGAAGGGAUCGAACGCUGCAUCAGGAGGGCACAGUACAGAUGUGGGUUUACCCUCGCACGUCUUCUGUACGUCGGUCGGUUUAUUGUAAGAGGAACAUAUGCUGCGUUCAAGUCGUAUCUGAUGUGUGGGAAACGCGAGUGUCUGACUGGGGAAGGCGGCUGUUUCAGGUCUCCGUACAGAGAAGUAACCAAACCGUUAGUCUGCAUGUCGGGUGACGUCACAGUUUCACCGUGUCUUCACUCGACGUUCUGCCAUUUUUAUUUAUUUUCUUCCUCCGACGUGCCGUGAAUGCAGCAUCGGUGUCGUCGCAGCUGAACACCUGAGCGUCCCGAGGAUGAGGUGGAUGAAGGUGUGUGGCUUCAUGAAGCACAAUCAUGUUACAACCAGAGUGGAUUUGUCUUUUUCUUACAGUCAGAGAAGUUUUCACCUCGUUACGAACGUUUCUAAAAAAUUCAGAUUCAAUCUUCAGACUUCAUCUUUAAAUUAAUAUUUAUUAUUUAAUUUUUUUUUAACCUCGAGCUCUGUCAGCUCGUUAAAAGUUUUAUUGGUAUUUUUGGAACCGAACUUUGGACUCGACCGAGACUUAAAUCUGGUCUCUUGUUUGAUUUUUCUCUCCGUCACCGGUCGCUCUUUCUCAAAGAUGAUGUCAAAAACAGGAAGCUGGACCUACAGUAUAUUUUUCUACAGUCAGCAUGAAGCCCUGCAGAGUUCUUACUCAAUAUCCCAGAAUCCACCACAGUGUUAUGAACUACACAAUGCUGUCCUCCUUCGCUCUGCCUCUCUGUUCAUGUUGCCGUUCACGUCUCAUUGGAAAGUUUCUCUCGAGCGUCGUCACAAACAGUGAAGCGAUCGAAGGAUCCUGUUUUGUAUUUCAGGGUCUCUGCUGGAGCUGCAACGAUUGCUCAGUUAGUUGGUCGACAGCUAAUGAUUCCACUAAUUUGAUAAUUGAUGAUAGUUUUUAGUCAUUUUUCAGAUGUUUUCUGGUUCCAGCGUCUCAGACGUCAGGAUUUGCUGCUUUUCUUUGCGCUACACGAUCGCAAACUGAACGUCUUUGGUUGGUCGACAGAAGCUGUUAGAAUAGAUCGCCUGUUUUAAUAGCUGUGGGAAAUGUUAACGGGUGUUUUUCACAGUAUGAAAGCUGACACUCUUUGAUUAACUUUUCUUCAGCCGCAACUUAUUCAGACAAAGUUCUUGUACAGCUGCUCGUGUUCAGACAACUUUUUAAGAACUUUUGUAGAAAAACUCUGGUGUCGGCUCUAAUGUCGAAUCGUUUCAAACGAGUGUUACGCGAGCGGAAAGAUCAGCUCUCCGAUGCGACGUGAAGCGACAACAUGGCCGCCAGAGUGACCGGCAGUAACCGAUUGGCUGAUGGAGAACGGACGUGUGACUGAAGCUGAAGACGGAAACUCUGAAUCUAUAAGUUGACUGAGAAGACUUUUCCUUUAGCUGCCGAUAAUUAAUUAUUAGAACUGAUACAGUAACUUGUGUCUCACCCCCCCGCCCCCCCCUCCUGUGUACAUGAUGCAGAACAUUUGCUGAUUGCUGCACUUUAAUUUCUCUGAACGUGUGCCUCUAAUCAUUCUUCAUGUUCAUAUCUGUUUUUAUAUAUAAACAAAGAGACGCUGGAUGGCGUCUACGUGUUGUGCAUUUGCAGUUGCUUUCUUUUAUCUUAUUAAGAACAUAAUUUUGAAUAUCUAUGAUGAUGAUAAUGAUAAUAAUAAUAAAGAGAAAUGUAUGGAAUUUGAAA